AUGAAUGUGAACGAUCAACGUUAUGUGCCAAAGAAAAAAGUCAAGGAGCUUUAUACGAAACAAGAGUUAGUUGGCAGGGGCGCGUAUGGGGUUGUUUACAAAGGAAUCAAUAAUGAGACAAAUCAAGUGGUAGCGAUUAAGGUAUUGAACUUGGAUACAGAGGAGGAUGAUGUGGGUGAUAUCAUUAAAGAAAUUAGCUUACUUUCACAACUUAGCGAUUCACAAAAUAUAACAAGGUAUUAUGGUAGUUUUCUACAUGGCACUAAAUUAUGGGUCAUCAUGGAAUAUGCUGCUGGUGGAAGCAUUAGAACCCUGAUGAAAGCUGGAAAGAUAGAAGAAAAGUAUAUAUCUUUGAUUACUAGAGAAGUUUUACAAGCGUUGAGUUAUCUACACAAAUGCAAAAUUAUUCAUCGAGAUAUUAAGGCGGCAAAUAUUUUAUUGACAGCUGAAGGAAAAGUACAACUUUGUGAUUUUGGUGUGGCGGGACAAUUGACUGCUUCUUCAGCCAAACGGACAUCAUUUGUUGGAACUCCCAGAUAUUGGAUGGCCCCCGAAGUAAUUACAGAAGGCGUGAAUUAUGACACGAAGGCUGAUAUAUGGUCGUUAGGAAUUACUGUUUAUGAAAUAGCCACGGGAAACCCUCCGUAUCAUGAUCUGAGCGCAAUGAGAGCGAUUCAGCUUAUACCAAAAAACAGACCUGCCACCUUAGAAGGGCCUUUCUCUCCUCCCAUAAAAGAGUUUGUAGCUGUUUGUCUCAACGAAAUUCCCGCAGAGAGACCAACCGCUGAUGAGCUAAUUCGAACAAUGGAGGCAAACAACCGGUUAUCGUCAAUCCAUUUCGGAUCCAUAUGGAACUCCCUCAAGACCGUGCAGAAACAUCGUAAAUCACGUUCUCUGGGGUCCUUGCAUCCAGACCAACUAUCACCGGUCAUAGAGGGUGAUGAGCAGACGGGAUUAAUAAUAGACAAUAGGCAAAAUUCUAAGGACAAUGAAAACGAGGAUGUUGAUCAAACUGUUUUGGCACGGAAUACGACCGUUCGAUACGGCCGGAUCAUAACCGAGGGACUUCUCUCGCCUUCGACACCGUUGUUUCAACGAAAAUAUUCCGAGUCUCGGCAUCCACUAUUACAGCUUUUCCAAAACGAGGAAAAACCUCAAGAUAAUCUUAUCACAAAAGAAAUCACAUCAACCGGAAGCUCUCGUAACCCUACAAUUACGAUACCGUCGGUUAAUGCUGUUAAUCUGAUGCCUACCAUGGAAGACUCGCCUUCGAAAACAGUGACUAGAGCGAAUUUUCAAGAACAAUAUUUAACUCCAAAGCCUAGGGAGAAUGGUUCUGAAAAUGGUUUUCACAAUGGCAAACACAGACCCUCUAUGUCUGUUUCAACAGUUUCGUCCACGGAAUCUACUGGGUCGAAAACCGACGUCUCUGAAAACUCGAUUGAAAUUACUAUCCCAACAAAGGAUUCCUCAACGCCAGCACCAGUGAUUCCGAAAGUUACCCUCCCAAUAGACUCCCAAGCAGAUUCAAACGAUUCAUUAUCAUUAUCGUUUUCCAUAACAAAUCAGAAACAAAGUUCGAAAAAGGAAGAGGCCGGUUAUUUCUCGAGUGUUCACACCAAUGGCCACGUGGAAUCCAGCUCAGAUAAACCAUCUGUAAAUCAAGGAUUGCUGACUCCCCCGUUGCCCAUGAUGGCUUCAAAAUUAAAUAAUAAUGAUUCUGUGAACAUUCAUCAGUCAUAUUCUUCCUCUCCUGGAAAGAUUAAUUUCACCAGACAUAACCCACCGGCGAGACACGGAAGUUACGAUCUUCCCACUGACUCUUCUCAGGGUUUUGCUCUUUAUAGAUCAAGCAGUCAGGGAAAGGCUUAUCCAUCACAACCUGCGCGACGCGUGAGAUCCGCAACAACAUUGAACACAACAAAUCGAUUAUCACCGGAAGAUUCAAUAGCGGCCAAACAAAGGCAACUCCAAUCACAACAGGAUGGGAAGUUUAUAGAAAUGGAGUACGCGACUAAAUAUAAUGGGAAUUUAGGUGUGACCUAUACCAGGCAACGUGCUACCAGCGUCAGUAAUAUCCAGCGGCCUUCAAAAUCAAAACUUAUGCAAGUAGACGACAGUGAGGGUCCUUCUACACGUCUAUUACCUCCAUCCCCUUCCGCAUCAAAGUUUGCAUUAAACUCCAACCCGCAGGCGCAAAGUUCGCCAACGAGACCAUUAUUUCUAAGCCAAUCAUCAACAAUACUUAACGCAGGUCCAGAGCUGCGGUCACUAAAAAUGGAUAAUUACAGGGGUUCCAGUGACAUAUUCGAGGAUUUAUCAAGGACCACUGAUGAUCUUAUACAAUGGCUGACCCUGUUAGAUGCCGGCACGAGAAAUGAAAUCGAGGUGAUUAAAAUAGACAUUGGCGGUUAUAAA